AUGACUAUACGAGAGGGCUUCGUCGAAACUCGCAUAUUUGUCAUUUCAGAUACCCAUGGCCUUCGGCUUCCCUACAUACCGCAUGCGGACGUGGUCAUCCAUUGCGGUGACCUUACAAAUGAGUCCGAACUCCAAGAAUACCGAAAUCUAAUCCAAGACUUGAGUUCUGUUGAAGCACCCCUCAAAUUGGUCGUCCCCGGCAACCAUGACUUCACUUUAGACAUACCCACGUUCAAGAGACGGAUUGUCGAGGUACAGCAGGGCAAUCCAGAGGUGAAUGAAAAAUACACGGAAAAGUACGGAAAUCCUGGAGAUGCCCGCAGUUUGUUCGAGGCGGCCAGGAACGCGGGCAUAGUCCUGCUUGAGGAAGGGACGCAUAUCUUCAAGUUGGCCAACGGCGCUCGCCUGAAGGUAUACACGAGUCCUUACACUCCAGCCGCCGGAGGCUUCCCCGGUUUCCAAUACCAGCCCGAAGACAGCCACGACUUUGCCAUCGAGAAGGGAACAGAUAUUGCCAUUACGCAUGGUCCGGCUUUGGGUAUGCUAGACCAUACUGAGGCUAAUCCCAAGGCAGGUUGUCCAGACCUACUCGACGCCAUCGCCCGGGCCCGGCCUCAAUUGCAUUGUUGUGGUCAUAUCCAUGAAAGCGCGGGUGCCAGAAUGGUGACAUGGAGCGAACAUCCGGCCGAGGAGUCAACACGCACAGGUGAGGAUGGCUUCAAAGACUCCUCAGUUAUUGUAACCCUGCGUGACAUCAAAUCAUUACCGACCAACUCUAUAAAGGAAACCGUACGCAAAAGACACCUUGUCAAGCAAAGUUCUUUUAAUAUGUGCUUUGAAAUUAGUCUCUGUCAGGGCGAUUGGCGUCCGCUUGACUUCAAGAGUCAAACGCUCUUUGUCAAUGCCGCAAUACAGGGUGCACCAGGCGAGGCAGAGCUUUACUGUCCGUGGAUGAUUGACAUCGAACUUCCCAAGGCAUGUUGA